CUCCACAGCAUGCUGCCUGGGAGAACGGCUGAUGUCCAGCACUGCGUCUUGACAAGCCGCUGGCUGCCUGCAGCUCUGGCGCUGCUCAUCCUCCUCUCCUCCAGCUUCAGCAGAGCCCACAGCACCACGGUGGAGCAUGACUUCCACAUUGUUCACAAUGUCGACAACAGAAGUCCAGAGAUAGACCCAUUCUGGUACGUGGGGCGUGGGGUGAGACCCAUUGGGCGCUUCGGGAAGAGGCACAGCAGUGUGGAGGCUCUGGGCAACGGGGGGAUGCAGCCUGUCGUCAGGACAUUGGCACUGCUGCUCAGCAGCCUCAGAAACAAGGAGAACCUUGGGAACGUGCUGGAUGGGAAGGACAGGGAUUGGUUACCAUGACAGCGUGUCCUUCUUUCUUCAUUCACAAACUCCUUCUUCAUUUUUUAUCUUGAUUGAGGUUAUAAACCAUUUUGCUCUAGC